CGAAGUACAGAAAAGUGAAUGUGUGUUUUCUUUUGUUUUAUUCCGCUUCUAGAGUUGAGUGAAUUCCGUUAAGUGAACAUUCCAUCGCUUGAAUCAUCGUUCGGGGAAGAAAGCAGAAACCCGGUUGCGGAAAUUAUGAAAGUUUUACUUGCAUUUUUGCUGAUUGCGACAUGUGCCUGUUUCGUUAGCGCUCUGCCGAAGGAACGCCGCUCUUCGCAAGAUGUAGCAGCUGAGGAGCGCAAUUUGGUCGGCCACUCGACCAACAUCAUAACGGCCAGCCUUCUCAAGGGCAGUGCGGAUUCCAAUGCCAAUCAGGUAUUUUCACCGGUUGGAUUUGCGUCCAUACUGGCCAUGAUCAGCGAAGGAGCCGAAGGGCAAACCCUGCAGGAGUUGUACGAUGUGCUCAAGUUCCCCACGGAAAGGACAGUCGUUCGCAGUGCCUUCGAUCAAUCGCUGAAGCGUCUCAGCGCGCAGAACCCUGCCAAUGAACCGCAGUUUAAGAGUUGGUUCUACAUCUACAAGAACAACACGAUCAAGCAGGAGUAUCGCAGCGUGCUGCAGAACAGCUACUAUGUAGAUGUUCGGGACAUUGAACGCAAUGAUUACAAUUUCGACGAGCCAAAGACGUCAGUUGGACCGAUCGAAGCGUCGAUUGAUCUGACCCCGGACGAGGAGCUGACCGUCGUUACUCAGGUUGUUCCAUCGAAUAACAACAGCAAGGAUAUCAUCGACUUUGAAGUGCUGAAGAUCAAGUCCGUCCCCGUGGAUGAUGUGCGAUCGGACGUUGCGAGCAAGUACGAUGAGGUGGAUGAAGGUGAUAAUCCCAAGUUUGAUAAGAACAUCGAGGAUAAGGAGUACGUGGAACCGACUCAGAUCAAGGAGGAAAUCGCCAAGCAAAAGGAUGAAAAGACCAACGAAGUGCUGGACGAACCGGUAACUAAGGUAGUUGAGGAUCGAGUUGAUCGCGAGGUGGAGGAUGCUCCGCAGAAGUUUAGUUUGUCGUUGAAGAAGUUGGACGGUGAAGAGCACGAGAUCAUGCAUGCCGUUGAGAGUCAAGCUUCCAGGCAGAGGUUCAACGUUAGACGGUCGUUCCUGUCGGGGGAUGUUGCUUCUGCGCUGAGUGGAAACUCAUUGGUCGGUCGUAAAGCUAAUGCCAAAGAAGGGGAGGAGGAUCAAUCCGAGUCCAAGAUGUUGCUAUUCAAUGGACUGUACUACCGUGGCAGUUGGGCUAGUCCGUUCCAGAUUAAAUCCGAUGAGGGACAGUUUUCGGUCAACGGUCAGCAAAAGCGAGUGACUAUGAUGCGUUCUUCGGGUAAUUUCGGCGUUGGAUCAAGCCAGGAGCUGGAUGCCAAAUUCAUCGAGCUGCCAUACAAUAACUCUCGCUAUUCGCUGCUAGUGAUGGUCCCCAACAAGGAUGACGGUCUCAAGGAUUUGAUCAAGAGCUUCAACUGCCAGAGUCUGAGCAGUGCUCGGAAGAUGCUCAAAGAGAUGCCCGUUGAGAUCAGCAUGCCCAAGUUCCAGAUCGAUACCACGAGCAGAGCUGAAAAGGCACUUGCUAAGCUGGGACUAAUCACCAUUUUCACCUCGAAGGCCGAUCUCAAUGGAAUCACGGACGAACAGAAGAUCCACGUCGAUGAACUGGUGCAGCACGUGUCGAUUCGCGUGGAUGAAGGUUCGAGCAGUGAAACGGCUCUGUCCGCCACCAAUGUUGUCGAAGCGAAGACAGUUGCCGGAGAAAUGGAAGAAUUCACCGUCGAUAGGCCGUUCCUGUUCUUCGUUCGUGAUACCGUCGAUGAUUUGGUGAUUGUCGCUGGCAAGAUCAGUGACGUUCCGGCAGCGGACGAUUUGUUCCUGUUCGUAGUAUCCCCGAUUUUAGCCACCAACCAGGUGCAACAAAUCAAUUUUCGUAUUGUGGAUACAUAUUGUACAUCUUCAUCGAGAAACAGUUUGAUGCCCCUCGAAGCUUUUCAGUCGCUUUGCCAAGGCCUUCAAAUGAUUCCAUGCUGUAACCACUUGGUAGAUCAUAUCCGAGCCAAUCCAGAUUUGCAUCUGUGCGCUAUCAAUCAGCAAGGCUACCAAUUCAUCCAAAACGGAUGCCAUCCCGUGAUCAGUAACAGAAAUUCUUUCGAUGAGCCAAACAUUGUACGAUUGGCAGCUUCACAGAUUUAUUUCCCUUCAGACCAACUGACGCAAAAUUUCAAACAGACAACUGCCAGCCCACAUCAGGUACAGACUGGUUCGCAUGUUUUCAUGUUCGGCGAUGAUUCCAAAAAUAACAUUAAAGUGAAGACUUCGACGUCGGCUUAUACACAGAAUCCGCGGCCUAGCCAUCCUACUGCUGUCCAGUCGCAAUAUUCCGGUGCUACCACCCCCUCGAAUAGCAACGAUUAUGAUUACGAUGACGAAAGAGUGCCGAUUGAGAUCGGCUCUCGAGGCUACCAAGCCAUGCACUUUGCUCUCAAUCUAUUCAAGAAUCUGGAUCGACCAGCGAAUGGAGAUUCCGUGAUCAGCCCUCUUCUGCCGCAACUACUCCUAUCGAAUCUGGUGGAUUACGCUAGUCCAAUAGCCCGGCAACAACUGCAGAAUACCAUAAUAUUGGAUUCACACCGGUUAUCGGAUAUGACCAAGACCUUCGAUAAGGUUUCCAAAUCAUCGCCUAACACUAUCGAAACCGCAGCGGCCAACUUCGUAGCCAAGGAUGUUAAGCUGAACAACACUUAUCUAAACGAUGUUCGACUACGGAAUGUGGACGUACUAUCAGUGGACUUUGGCAAACCGACUCUAGCGGCCAAUACAGCUAACAAAUGGGUCUCCGAAAAAACCCACCGCCUUAUCAACGAGGUUCUUAAUCCCGGUGCAAUCAAUCCUUACACUCGCGUGCUGUUGGCAAACACCAUCUACUUCAAAGGCAAGUGGAAGUACACCUUCAUCGAGACGAACCCCGGAUCGUUUGAGUCGAGUCCAAACAAUCCACGCCAGCUCAGUAAAAUGUUCCAACUGAACAAACUUCGUUACGGUGAGCUGAGCUUCGCCGAUGGCAACGGCCUUCGCUGGGUAGAACUUCCGUACGAGGGUGCAAACCUAGCUAUGUUGAUAUUCUUGCCCACCCAGCGGCAUCAACUGGAAGCAUCCCUCCGUCAACUGAAACCCCAAGAUCUGGCCAAGGUGAUGGCAGAAAUUCAAGCUUCCUACAUCAACACCAAGGUUCACCUGCACAUGCCGAAGUUUACGCUGACGGAUACGGUGUCGCUUAUACCGGCCUUGAAAAGGAUGGGCUUGCAUUCCAUCUUCCAGGAUGGUGACGCUCUUCAGUACCUGGCCAAUGAAUCGACGGUGGUUUCCGAUAUCACUCAGCGGUCGUACAUGAGCGUGGAUGAGUUCGGUACCAAGGCUACCUCGGUGGCUUCGCUGUCGAUCAUUACGCUGAGCAUCACUCCCCAGUACAAGGAUGUAAGGUUCGACGUUGAUCAACCGUUCCUGGUGAUGGUUGUCGAUAAGCAGGAACGAUAUCCGUUCUUCAUUGGACAGAUUUAUGAUCCACGGGAAUAGUUUCGAAGCUGUAGCUCGAUAAUAAAGUGGAAUUGAUUCACGGAGAAA